AUGGCGCGUACGAAGCAGACAGCCCGCAAGUCUACGGGAGGAAAGGCUCCCAGGAAGCAGCUGGCCACCAAAGCCGCCCGUAAGAGCGCACCUGCCACCGGAGGAGUGAAGAAACCACAUCGUUACCGUCCAGGAACCGUCGCUCUCCGUGAAAUCCGUCGUUACCAAAAGAGUACCGAACUAUUGAUCCGCAAAUUACCGUUCCAACGUCUGGUGCGUGAAAUUGCCCAGGACUUCAAGACUGACUUACGUUUCCAAAGUUCCGCCGUCAUGGCGUUGCAGGAAGCCAGCGAAGCUUAUUUGGUCGGUUUAUUCGAAGAUACUAACCUGUGCGCUAUUCACGCCAAACGUAAACUACAUAAAAUCAACAUGACCGGACGCGGUAAAGGAGGAAAAGGUCUUGGAAAAGGAGGCGCCAAACGUCAUCGUAAAGUACUUCGUGAUAACAUCCAGGGAAUCACCAAGCCUGCCAUUCGUCGGUUAGCUCGUCGUGGUGGUGUGAAGCGUAUCUCUGGUUUGAUUUACGAAGAAACCCGCGGUGUGUUGAAAGUAUUCCUGGAGAACGUAAUCCGUGAUGCAGUCACCUACACCGAACACGCCAAACGAAAGACCGUUACCGCCAUGGACGUCGUUUAUGCCCUGAAACGGCAAGGACGCACCUUGUACGGUUUCGGAGGUUAAUCCACAUACAUUCCCUACCCACCACGUACAUCUUCUAAAAAGGCCCUUUUCA